AGAUCCAGCGACCCCACCUGUCACAGUGGCACGUCCGUCCUCCUCUCCUCCGCUCUCCCCAAGCCCAAAACUGCACGCUGCACGGCCACUUCGCAUCGCCUCACGUCACGCACUCACGCCUUCUUCAAAUUUAAAGGCCAAAAACCGGAUCACAUCGAUCAAAUCAAAAUAAAUAAAAAAAAUCGAAUCCAUCCAUCCAGCACCUCCGUCCGUGAGCUCCCCUGCUUCUCUGGAUUUCCUUUCGCUGCCCCCCAGACUCCUCGUGCGCCUCGCGGGUCGCGACCAGACGACGACAAGCGGCGAGAGGGGCCGAUCGCGAUCGGGCAGCCAUGUCGACGUCGCGGAGGCGGACACUCCUCAAGGUCAUCGUCCUCGGCGACAGCGGGGUCGGGAAGACGUCGCUGAUGAACCAAUAUGUCCACAAAAAGUUCAGUCAGCAGUACAAAGCUACAAUUGGUGCAGAUUUCGUCACAAAGGAGGUUCUCAUCGAAGACAGGCUAGUCACGUUGCAGAUCUGGGACACCGCGGGACAGGAGAGGUUCCAAAGUCUCGGGGUUGCAUUCUACAGAGGGGCAGAUUGUUGUGUGCUCGUAUAUGAUGUCAACUCUAACAGGUCAUUUGAUACACUCAACACAUGGCAUGAUGAGUUCCUCAACCAAGCUAGCCCAUCAGAUCCUAAAACUUUUCCCUUCAUCUUACUCGGUAAUAAGAUUGAUGUAGAUGGUGGAAAAAGCAGAGUGGUUUCUGAUAAGAAAGCAAUGGAGUGGUGUGCUUCUAAAGGCAAUAUCCCUUAUUUUGAAACUUCUGCAAAAGAGGACUACAAUGUUGACAAUGCUUUCCUGACUGUUGCCAAGCUUGCUCUAGAGCAUGAGCGUGAUCAGGACAUUUACUUCCAGAGUGUCACGGAUCCUGUCCCAGAGACUGAGCAGAGAAGCGGAUGUGCAUGCUAGUAGUUAGUCAUCAUCCUUGUCCCUUGCAGAUUUUGCUUAUUGAUUUCGGCAUACUUUUCCAGCGAUGCCGGGCAGGCAUUCUUAUCAAAUGUUGCUGGGCAGGCAUUUUUUUUUUCAUUUUUCGCAACUGUACACUAAUGUUCCAACUGUCCAACUCUGUUUUUUCUAUCCAAUUGUAAGAUAGUUAGUGACCAUGGUUUUUUUGUACACGGUGUACUGAUGUGGUGGCCAGCCCUUUUUCUUGGUUUGGGCAAUAAGAAUACACAGGUGUAGACUAUUCAGGAUGUGGGCUGUGAAAGGUCAAACUCUAGACUCAAUUGCUGUAUUAGUGCGGCUGUCCCUUGUUGGUGUGCAAGUGCAAUGCGGUAGGCUUUA